AAUUGGAUUCAUCUAGAGAGUUCUCAUCUCUCUAGAUGAUAAACAUUUUAACUCAAAAGUUGACAUGAAACAUUUGACAUCUCGAUGACGUCUAGUACACGUAAAGUAUAUAUAUAAAUAUAUUCAUAUAUACUUCGAUCAUAUGUUUAGUGUUAGUGGCGGUUAGUGGUAUAGUUUGUUACUUUGUGUACAUCAUACCGACUUUAAAUAUUUUUUUUUUCAAAAUAAUUACACACAGUUACAAUAUUUACGAUAAUACGACUGAAUAAUAAGUAAAAUAUUAACAAAAGUGUAUUGUUGAAUUUCGCGAGUAAGUUAACUUCGAAACAUUCUAUAUUUCAAACACUAGGAUGUUUUUUGUUUAUACGUAACCUUAAAAUUUGAAUUGUUAUUCUUGCCAACACGUGUAUUAUUACAUUUUAACAUUAAACAAGUUGAAAGACUUAAAAUCAAAUUUAACGAUCGUCAGAGUAGUUUGCAGCGUAAUACUUUAAUAAGAAGUAAAAUUAAAUUCGCUUUGGCAAAAAUAGCAGGCGCGACGAAAAAAACGAGUGACAGUAAUAUUUAACUUCUAUUUUAUUCGGUUUCUAACAAAACAAUAGCUAACUAUAGAGACUAGUGUAAACAGAUACAAAUUUUUAAUAUGAUAGAGACGACCGCUUCUCCUCUGUCUGAUCAGCUAAUUGACCGACAGACUCAAUUCGGCAACAAUAGAGUUUUAGAACCAUCUAACUGCCUUUUUGUCUUCAAAAGUACAGAGUCGGAUCAUGAAGAGCCGCCUUCCGAUGAAGAGGUAGAUCUCAAACCUCUUAGAGAACCGACCAAAAUUGUGCCACCUCAAUCCACAGAAAAACGUAGAGCUGAAGAUACAGAUGCUAACAAAGAUCUAAAAAAGGCUAAAUUAGAAACAAAAGCUCUGAAAGCUAAGAGGCCUGGAUUUACGGAUGAACGUUACAAUGAGACCAGCUAUUACGUCGAGAAUGGAUUACGGAAAGUAUAUCCAUAUUAUUUCACCUUCACAACAUUUACCAAAGGUCGUUGGGUUGGUGAAAAGAUUCUGGAAGUGUUCGCACGUGAAUUUCGAGCUCACCCUGCUGAAGAAUACGAGAGAUGCAUACGUGCUGGUACCCUAACAGUCAAUUAUCAACGAGUAGAUGUUGACUACAAACUGCGACAUAAUGAUCUACUUGCUAAUGUAGUUCACAGACACGAGGUGCCAGUCACCUCGGACCCAAUCACGGUGAUACAUAUGGACGAGGACGUCGUCGUAGUCAACAAGCCCGCAUCCAUCCCUGUCCAUCCGUGUGGUCGUUAUCGACAUAAUACCGUUGUCUUUAUUUUGGCAAAGGAGUAUAACUUGAAGAAUUUACGAACUAUUCAUCGGCUGGACCGAUUAACGAGUGGUAUUCUAUUAUUUGGACGUACUCCGAAGAAAGCGAGACAAAUGGAACACCAAAUCAGAAAUCGACAGGUUCAUAAACAAUAUGUAUGCCGCGUAGAAGGAAAAUUUCCAGAUGAAGAAAUAGUUUGCUCUGAAUCAAUUGAAGUAGUUUCUUACAAAAUUGGAGUGUGUAAAGUAUCCGCUAAAGGCAAAGAUUGCAUUACUCGUUUCAAACGUCUUAGUUACAACGGCAAGACAUCUGUAGUUCUUUGCAAGCCUCAAACAGGUAGAAUGCAUCAAAUCCGCGUUCACCUGCAGUAUCUUGGUUAUCCAGUAGUUAACGAUCCUUUGUACAACCAUGUUGUUUUCGGACCGGAGAAGGGUAGGGGAGGCAAUAUUGGCAAAACUGAUGAGGAGCUGGUUAAAGAUCUCAUCAACAUUCACAACGCUGAAAAUUGGCUUGGCAUGGACGGGGAUUCUGAAAUGAGCCUUUUCAAGCCGAAAUUAGAGAUCGAAGACAGUGUAUCAAAUCCCAAUACUGAUAAAGAAAGUUUCUCUUUGUCACCAUCUAAUUUUAGUACAGACGAACAGCAACCAUCACAGCAGCAACAACAUCCAGUCACUACUCUUAAAGUUACGGUAGGCACUCAAACAGGCUCCGAACCACCUGACUCAACAUACACAAAUAACAAAGUCACUGUAGAUCCUCAUUGCUAUGAAUGCAAGGUUAAGUACAGAGAUCCUAAACCUUCAGAUUUAGUGAUGUAUCUUCAUGCUUGGCGUUAUUGUGGUCCAGGUUGGGAGUACGAAACUCCACUUCCCGCUUGGGCGGCGAGUGACUGGACUGGUGAUAAUGAUCAAUAGUUGAUGACUAUCACUGUCCCUAACUUAAAAUUCAUAUCGUUUACCAAUAACUGUACCUUCACGUUCUUUUUAUAUGCUAUCCCGUGCCUUCCAUUCAUUAUCAUCUCAGGAUUUCAUGUCAUGGAUACUUUUUUACGACAUUCAAUUAUGUCACUAGGACAUUUUGUCCUAGAAUCUUCCGCCGUGCUUAUGUUGUCCAGGGCAUCUAGACCCAAUACCGUGAAAUAUUUUCGUAACUAUCUACUAUAUAUAAUUCUAUAAAAUUUAACAAUUUCGGUUAAUCAAAUUACAAAACGCAAUAAAAUUAAUAGUAUAGCUUCUGGUCAUGAAAUUAUGAGACCAAUCACCUGCGUGCCAUACAAUAAAUUUUCGUCUGAAUAGCACAAAAAACUCGAAGUCUUUUAUAAUUAUAUCUGCUGAUUGGAUAAAGAUUUAAUUUAUUUUUUAUAAAUUUCGUUUUUAUGAAUUUUAAUUUUGCUUCAUACCAGAAAUAUUGUCAGUUUAUAUCAUAGACUUUUACGAUGAAAUGUGAAAAACAUGAAAUAAAAUUAAACUUCCAAAAUAAAUUAUAAAAUGGAGCUUAAAACUUGUAAGUCGAAGUAGAAUUAUAUCGCGAAUAGUUUUCAUUAAUAUUGUCAUCAUUUCAAUCCUUUUUUUCAACAUAUAAUGAAUAAAUCUUGUGUGAAAAAAAUUCAUGGAAAGCUAUCGAUCAUUUCUUCAUGGAAUCCAAUCGGAUUGAAUGAGAUUUAGAGAUGAUUCUUUUGGACCAAUUAACAAUGAAUGAGAAUAAAUACAAUUUUUCUUGAUUGCAGAUCUUCUAAUAUGUAAUUAAUUCACCCUAUUAACCUUAUUAAUGUACCUACUGUAAAAUACAUAUCGAUUAAAGUCUUUACAGAAAGUAAGUCGCCGUCAGUUUUAACCCCCUUAGAAAACGAGUCUAAUCUCACGCCAUUACUACGCAUUAUCAUUACAAAACGAAAAUUCUGGUGGAUCCUUGGCGUCUUACUCUCUAAAAGGACUGUUUUUUUUCCUUAUUCACGAUGUAUAGAUACCAGGAGUCCGAACGUAAUGUUAAAAGAAUGGUAUCAAUUUAGGGAUCGGAUUUUCGCCAGUAAAGCGCGCUAUUUUUUAAGAAGUACCCGUUUAAAUUUACGCGGGAAUUCUUGUUGCUACUGGACAGCUCUAAAAAAAAAUUAUUUUGAGAAACUUUGAAUUAAAUGAAAGUUUUAGAAAAUUCGUGGAAACUUUUCAAGUGUUUCCAACCCAAUAAUAUCAACAAGUUUAAAAGAUAAUCUGCAAAGUUAAAAACAUUUAAUAAUAAUAAAUAAUAAUAUAAAAAUUACUAGGCAGCAAAUCAUUUUGUUUUUUAAAAAAAGUAGAUUAAUGCUAACAAAAAUUCGAAAGAGUUUAAUUUAUAGUUUAUUUUUAAUAUUUCCAUGUAAAAGUAUCAAAAAUUGUCUCUAUGAAAAUUUAAUCGCAAAAAUAUUUUUAAAACUCGUCAAAUGCCUAUUUAUUUCAGUAUCACGAUAAACAUUCUUGAUGAAAAAAAAAAUAACUUAUCGUUAAACAUAUUAUUUAUUAACAGUAUAAGUUACAAAUGAGAAUUUGAAAUUAUUAUUUAAAUUAGAAUGAUUAAUUUGUUUUAUUUAUAGUUAAUUUAAUCAUUUUUAUAUUCAUGAGCUAGGUCAGCCAGUGCGUUCUUACGCGUAAUAAUAAUAAUAAUAUCGGUACGUUCUGAAUACUUGUGCAGCCAGUGGCAAAAAAAAAGAACUAUGAUCUAGGUUUAUUUUUGCGUACACAAAUAAUGUGAAAAAUCCUAUAUCAUUCGGACUCUUGGUAUCUAUGCUUCAUAUCCUUAUUGGUCACUGUCUGGUAUGGACCACAUGCCUAUUUCUGUUGUAUUGACCCUUUUGAUCUUAAAUUGAUUAUUUUAUAUCGUUGUCCCAGCGAGGCUUUGGAAUUUUGCGCUUAUUCUUGAUAACCCUUGAUUAAUUACCAUCUUGCAAUAGGAAAUGAUUACCAUACUGUCUGUGUUAAUCAUUACCAUGCUUCUAUGUUAAUUAUUCGUUUCUCGUAUAGCAAUAUUCACUAUUGCCGAUAGUAAUAGCCCUGAUUAAAAAACGAUUCAAAACGAUUAGAAAUGAUUUAAAACAAUUCAAUUUUAAUACUCUACAAGUACUCAUUCAUCAUUGAGUGAAUCGCUUUGCUUAAUUGGGAAGUUACUAUCUAGAUAGUAAUAUUUGUUAUAUCAAAAAAAAAUUUUUUAUUUUGCCUUCUGAGAUAAGAAUGCUUACCACCUCCGAUAGGAAAAGUUAACAUAGAAGAAUGAGAAUCGUUAAAAUGUAAAUAUUGAAAUAGUUACUUUCACAAGAUGGGACGUAUUACCACUUUUUCUUCAGCGCGCAGUAUCACUAGACAUGUACAAUAGUUUGUGUGAUGAACGUACUAAAAACGCCGCUAGAUGUCUAAAGUCAGCGUCAUAUAGUCAAAGUUUGAAAAAUAAUUUACUUUAUUAAUAUUAAAAAAAAAGUUUAUACUUUAUGGAAUUGGAUGAUCUGUUUAAGACUAUUUACUUUUCAAAACUUAACGCAAUAAAAAACAUCAACUUUUGGUUUAAUGUCUUACUAAUUAUUAGAGAUAUGUAAGGUUAUGAAAGCUGAUUAAUUAAAUGCGCAUGUGCACUCUAGAGAUUUUUGUCAUGUUAAUGAAAUAGUUAAAUGGGGUUCCGUUUUUGUCAAACUAGGCCCAGGGGGCAGCAUCACAGCUCAUUCAAUGUCGCGCAAAAAUUUAACGUUUAAAAUAAUUUCUUAACUUAUCUAACAAUAUGGAUACAAAUAAUAAUAAAUAUCUCACAUGGAAUGUUGCUCAGUUAAAAGAAGAUAAGUCAACUAUUUAUUUACUUGUGUAAUAACUUUGAUUUUUUUCAACAAUAACAUCCUUCGCGAAAUGGUUAGGACAUAAUCUCAACGAUUUCGAAGACUAAAAAUUUACAUUUAUAGUCUGUUCCCAAAGGGCCCGACGUUUUCCAUCAUUGGGAAAAGUAAAAGUUGCUUUUCCUUUACAAAAAGGAGUACAUCACUUACUCAUAUUCUGUAUAAUUUUAUAAUUUCUCUGAUAUCGAAUAUAUAUGAUGAUCUUGCGACACUAGUAGCUCCUCCAAAACACAUAUUUAACUGACAAAUAUACUGUAUGUAUAUUAUAGUCUGAUAUUUAUAUUAUUUAUCGAAAACAUCAUAUAAUUGAUUGUAAAAUUGAAAAUUUCUUGGGUUUUUUUUUUUUUCUAAAUCACUCUAGAACAAAUUUUUCGUCUUUUUAAAUUUGACAUUUAAAAAUUUGCACUCAAUCAAAUUCGCUAUUAUGCUGCUCUCAAACGUAGAAGUUUGGCAAAAAGGAACCCCAUUAAAAGUGACGCCAUAAAAGAAGGAUUUCGCUAAAAUUUUAUGAUUUAAUAUAUAAAAUGACACUUGUGACCAAUCAGAAAGGUUUGUAUUUUAGCAUAAAAUUUAAUGAGGCUGAUUUUAGUCAGUUAGUGGCGUAUUUUUUGGGAAUGAGCUUCAUAAAAUAUCUUUUUUAUAAUAUUACAAUGGCGAAGGAGAAUACAACAGUAAAAGUAAAAUAAAGCACUGGGACAACUAUAACACAAAUUGGAUACUAAUGGAAUCUCAUUCAUUCAAAUUUAGAAAACUUCCACAGGAUUUUUUUUAACCAUGAAACAUAUACACAUUUUUAUAACAACUUUAAACGGUAUGCAGCAAAUAUAAUUUAUAUUAAAGGUAUUCGAGUAAUAAGAAUUUGUUAAGACAAAUUGCAAAUAGAGAAAGUUCUAUUUUUAUAGGCCAAUAUUAUUACAAAAAUUGACAGUGUGUGUUAGAUAUAAAUUUUUAUUAAUCAAGAUUUCUUGAUUAUAACUAACGGAAGAGCUUUAAACCAUCGAUCAUAUCUUAUAUGGUAUAUAAUUAAAAUCACAAAGAAACAAUCGUUAGCCAUAUGCUACAAUGAAGUUUAAUUCAUCUAUUUUAAUUAAUUUAUAUCAAUUGCAAACGGGUGAAAUUCAAAGGUUAUUUCAAGUCACACCAGCAUCGACAAUAUAUUAUCACACAAUAAUGUGUGUUCAAAAUUGGCCUUAACAUUAGCAAUGUGUAUAAGUGACAUAAUUUUGCACAGAAUGAAUGAGAAUAUUUUAGAUAUAGAUAUAAAAGUUAAUUAAAAAAGGUGAAAGAUAGUCUUAAUAAAUCUAUCAUAAAAGACAGUUUUUGCGCUUACUAACUAUUAACCGAUAAAAUCUUAAUCACAGAGUUUAUCAAAUUAUAUAACUGCUAUAUUUAUAUAUUAAAAACACUAUUUAUAAAAUUCAAAGAAAUACUCAAAAAAGACAAUUUUAAUUGAAAUUUAAAAUAAAAAACUGAUUUGUCUGUAAUUCAAGCGAAUGCUUUUGUACAUACUACGUGAAGCUGAAGCUAGCGGCCGUAAUAAGUAGCGGCCGCGCAAAAAAUUGCUAGCCGCUACUUAUUACGGCCACCAACUUCAGUUUCAUUACAUACUACAUAAUUUGAACACGCACAUUAUAACGAUAUAUUAUGUAAUAACGAACGAUCAACGUUUGUCAAAGUCUGUCGAUUAAUUUUCAUUCAAUACAUAGUUUUUGAUGCUCGUGUAUUCAAAAUGGUAAAAUUUGUUGUAUACAAAAUUAAUAAAUGGUAACUAUCGUUCAA